AGAACGCGGGUAUGAUGGAGUCGCACUUAAAAUUGAAGACACAAUAAAACAUAAAAAUGGAUGCUAGUACUGCAAGUCGAAUGCAACAGAUUUUGCGUCUGGAAAAAAGACGCGAUUUUAUAUUUGGAACAUGGAAUGUAACAAGUUUAAAUAAAUAUCAAGAAAUAGUUAUCGAUGAAAUAAAAAAAUAUAAAGUUGAUAUAGCUUGCGUUCAAGAAACGAGGUGUAAGGAAGAGGUGUAUACUAAAAGAGGUUACAGAUUAGUUUUGAAAUGUUACGACAAUGAAGACAUGAAAUACGGCCUAGGAUUUAUAAUAAAAGAAGAUAUAUUCAAAUAUAUAGACAUUGAUUCUGAUUUCACAGAUAGGAUUUGCUCAUUGACAUUAAACACAGACGGAGGAAUAGUACACAUAAUAAAUGUUUACAUUCCACAUGUCAACACAGAAUUGGAAACAAAAGAAGAUUUUUUUGAAAGUCUAGAAGAAAAGUUAUCAAAAAUUUCCGAGGAUGAAAUUAUUUUUCUUUUGGGUGACUUUAACUCCCACGUUGGAGAUGACAAUCUAGCCUGGUUUAGAUGUCUUGGAGAACAUGGAAUAAGUUGCAGGGUCACAGAUAAUGGACGAAGAUUACUUGAAUUGUGCACUUUUCAUGAUCUUUGUAUAGCUCAUUCAUUUUUUGAUCAAACAGAAAAUGCGCAAUACACAUUUCAGAAUAAGUCAUCAUCUAGCUCAUACAUAGAUUUUUGUAUUACUCGUAAUAAACAUAGGCACUUUGUAAAAAUGACGAAGGCAAACAUUCAAUUGAAACGUUCCACUGAUCAUCUGUUGGUAACUAGCAACAUUGAACUUCUAUUAAGUAAUCCAAAAGGGAAUUCUCAGCCAAAGGCAUUAUCAAAUCCCAACAUAUAUAAUGAGUACGACAGUGAAGUAUCUUACAGAGUGUCCAAAGCCAGUGUUGCUUUGUCUGAAAUGUUUAAAUCAUUUCAAAAUGGAACAAAACAACUAGACUAUAAUGCGAUGAUAACUCACUAUAAUAAAGUUGUUCUUUCAGAACUAACCAGUAAUUGUGAAUUGUACAAAAGGUCCCCAAAGCACAAAAAGUUCAUGAAAGAUUUUGACAAGAAAAGCAAAAGACGCAUAAAGAAAGCUUGCGAAAACUUCUGUCAAGACAUUGCAGAUGGUCAAAAGAAAACUUCAGUCAAAGACAACGCAGAUGGUCAAAAGAAAACUUCAGUCAAAGACAUUGCAGAUGGUCAAAAGAAAACUUUAGUCAAAGACAACGUAAACGGCCAAACGAAAACUUCAGUCAAAGGCAACGUAAAUGGUCAAAAGAAAACUUCAGUCAAAGACAUUGCAGAUGGUCAAAAGAAAACUUCCAUCAAAGACAACCUAAAUGGUCAAAAGAAACCUUCUGUUAAAGACAAUGUAAACGAUCAAAAGAAAACUUCUGUUAAAGACAAUGUAAACGAUCAAAAGAAAACUUAA